AUGACCAGCACAGAUAGCAGCAGCACGACAGCGCUGGUGUUCUCGUUGCUGAACGUUGGCCAGGUCUGCGCAGACUUCGGGACGCUGGACGUGACUGAAGAGACCAUGUGCAGUGGGACGGCGCUUCAGAGCCUCGGGCUGGAAGACAAACCGUUUAUGUCUAUGUCUGGUUUGGGGUUCAAUGGUUGCGUCUACAGCAGCCAGACUGAUGGGAUCUUCUGGAGCGAGUCCAGCGGACCCUUCGGAGGGAACCCAUAUCUUCGAUUCAUUUGUAUCGGGCAGACUACAACGUCCACGACCUCGACGGCCACUACCAGCAGCGCCGCUACACUUACUAUGACGACAGAAUCGUCGACCAUCACGAGCGCUACCAGCAUGACCAACACCAGCAGGACUCUGACGAGCAGCAGCACGAGCAGUUCCAGCGGGACUGUGACCAGCAGCAGCACGAGCACGACCACCACGAGUGUGACCAGCAGCAGCACUGCAAUGCUUGAUAUCUGGGUGAUUGCCGUCGAUGUCACACAUGAUAUCCAGGCAGGGUCGAGCGAAUCUCGGAGUCCUCUUUUGUUAUUCGUCAUUGCUUGUGGGGCAUUAUGUGGUCUCGCUUGCCCAUUCUCGAUCAUUCCGCUGCUUUCGCGCAGACGUCCACUAAGCGCCAGGUGUGGAGCAGCCAGUCGCGUUGGCAGCAUUCAUAGUGAUGUUACUUCGCUGGCGACCGAGUGA